AUGCGGGGAUGGAUUUGGCAGACAUGCACCGAAUUAGGCUACUUUCAGACUACUGAUGGAGGAAACAACGGAAUUUUUGGUAGCACUUUACCAGUGGACUUCUACUCGGACCAAUGUAUAGAUCUCUUUAGUCCAGAAUACACGCUGGAUUCAACUUACCAACGUGUUGCGGCUGUAUUACAAAAAUAUGGAGGAGCUGAUGCUUAUAGGGUAAACUUCAAUACGUGUAAUUAA